AUGUACAGGAACACACCAACUACACACGUUCUCACAGAGAAGUUGGUUGUCAAAAUCUUGCAACCAAUAUCCAGCUGGAGGAUGGAGAUGGAUAGGUUGAAGGCACAUGUUGAGCAGCGAGUGCCACCGAGACUGCUCGAUAUCAGUGACGCGGUGGUAGGUUAUGCGCAACAGUUGGAGUUUGCUAGGUUUGUUGAGCCGCAAAUCGGAUCGAAUCCGCACUAUUUCAAAAGCGUGCUAAGUCGGUACAUCGAGCAGAUUGAAUCGUGUAGCGAGGAAACUUCGGAUGAGGUGUACGAGUUGCUUGUCGACCCUGUAGUGCUCAACUCGCGCGAGCUCGCGCCUGAUGUGGCUGAAGUUGUCAAGUACCACGUCGGAGGCUUCAGCAGGGCCGAUGACUGCGUAAUGAAGGUCGAGGAGACCCCGCGGUUGAUAUCGGGUGUCAACACCACGGGCUUGCGUACUUGGGAAGCCGCCUUGUUCUUGGCUAACUUUAUAAACAAUAGAGAUGAUGAUGGAGAGAUGCGGGCGCUAUUUAAGGAUAAAGUGGUGUUGGAGUUGGGAUGCGGGACGGGGUUGCUUGGAUUAUCGUUGGCUAAAUAUGGCCUUGUUAGAAGGAUGAUCAUGACCGACGGGUCUACGGCGGUGUUUGAGCACAACCGAAAGUUGGUCGAGUUGAAUGGCUUAGACACGUCGGCUGCUGUCAGCUGGCAGCAGUUGGUGUGGGGAGACGACGCCUUUUGCAUCAAGGAGAAGGUCGAUGUUGUAGUGGGUGCGGAUAUAACUUACGAUUCACGCAUACUAGAGCCACUCUGCAAGACUAUUGAUGGUUUUUUCAAAUCCAACGGGUUGGAAAUGGCCAUCAUUGCUGCUACUGUGCGAAACAUUGAAACGAUAGAGAGAUGGGAGCAGGAGUUGCACAAGCAUUUCAACGGCAUGUGGCAAGUGAGCCACCGGAAUCCACUGCCAGGUCUAAUUGA